CUGGGGAUCAGCGACCACCUGGACAUUGGGGACUUGGUGGAGAUCAACGGCUCCCAGGACAUCGGCGACCCCCUGGAGCUCAUCGACCACCUGGACUUCGGCGACCCCCUGGCGGUCCACAACCACCAGGGCUUCGGAGACCAGCUGAAGAUCCUUGACCACGUGGACGUCGAAGAGCAGCUGGAGGUCACCAAGAGCGACCUCCAGAACCUCAGGGGCCAGGAUCUCGCUGGUGAGCAGGCUGGGGCCAUCACCUACGCCAACACUCACGCCAGCGCUCACGCCAGCGGCCAGGGCAGCUCCGACGUCAGCAACAACGCCAGCACUCACGACACCCACGACAACUACGUCACCAACGACAACCACGUCAGCUACGACGCCCACGGCGAGCAUGAGGACCACGGCUCCGACGCCGGCACCGACUACGGCACCGACGCCAGCCGCACCGAUGCCAGCUGUAUGAAGGUCUAUGUGAAGAUGCUCACGGGGAAAACCAUAUUGCUCAAGGUGGAGGCUGACUACACGAUCUGCGACGUAAAAAUGGUCAUCCAGGACACUGAGCGCAUCCCUCCCGACCAGCAACGCUUGUUUUUUGGAAGUGAACAGCUGGAGGACAGCCGUACGCUCACGGACUACAACAUCCAGAAGUACGCCACGAUGCAUUUGGCGCGGGCAGAUGCCCGUCCUGCAACUUGGAACGGCAACCUCAGCCCCCAGCACUGCCGCCACCUGGACAAGCAGAGGGCGCUGGAUCUGGAGGGGGAUUUCGUGGAGGACGAAAUCACCCGGCACGUGGAGCUUGCGCAGGCCAGCAGCUGCACACAGCGGCCUGCCCGACAUCACGUCGAAGUCAAGAUCCCCUCCACAUGGUCCGACCUCCACUCCACCCUCCUCAAGCUCGCCUUCAACCCCAAGGCUGCCGACCCCUGGCACAUCCUGAGGCUCGGCCCACUCGACGGCCCCGAGCCCACGGAGCAUCUCAUAGCAUCCCGCGCAAGAGCGGCGACCACCCUAUGCUCCCUGGGCAAGAGCGCCGACUGGCACCUCUCGGAAACUGGGCUCGCGGAGGCAGCUGCUGCGACAUUCCGGACGGCUGCUGAGCGCUGCGAGGAGCAGUUGCCUGAAGUCCUCCGCCAGCGACGGCGAGUACGCCCUUCGCAGCUCCCCCGGUGGAAGGAGCUCGGCGCCUCGGCCAUGCAAGCAGUGAGAGGCAUUCCCGCAUGCAACGGCGCGGAGAUGGCCACCCAGUGGUCCAAGCUGCUGGACGACACGGGCGCCGACCACAGCACCACCGUCAAGCAACACCGAGACCUCGCCGCUCUCCUCGAGAAGGGCGACAGCCGGGCACUGCAUGCCAUGGGUGGUCGACACAUCGUGGCCUGGGCUCCGACGGACACUGGCGCUCUGAUGAGGCUACUUUCCGACUUACUUCGACAACGUGAUGUUGCUCUUCGCCCGCGCUGCUUGUCGCUUCUGGCGCCCCUCCCGAACUACCCCAGAGUUGACACCCCAGCCAAGGUAUUCGACCUAUGGUGGCAUCCCCUUCUCGGCGACGCCGCUGCAGUCAUAGCCCUGGUGAAGCACGUCGACUUGAUUCUCCAGCCAGUGGAGUAUAUCCUACCUGGCCAUGCGGCUCCUCGCCACGUGCGUCAAGGUCUGGCAUGCUUCACCAUCUGCAUGGAGGCCCAGCGGUCCGUCCCGACGGUGCACAAGCCCUUGACCCCGCUACUUGCCAUCCCAGCGGUGAACUCUGUUUGGAUCGACCUUUCCACGGACUCCCUCCAGGCCUUGAUGCGCAACCUCUACAGCACAGAGGUUGAGAGCUAUGCUUUGACAAUCCUCCCAAGAGGGACCUCGCGUAGCCCUGGUAGCUCCCCGGCGGUUCGCCGCAGCAUGGUCGAGGUGCUCUUGCCGAGCGCCGCGUCGGAAGCCAGCGUCGUUCUGGCCAUCCGAUUUCUGCGGCGGUCUGUGUUGACGUCGAGCAUGUGCAUUGGACGUCGCGACCUGCACGCGUCCCCGGACGCGCAGAUUAUGGAAUGUAAUGGCCCUCUGGCGCUCUACAAAGCUUGGCCUCUGUGCUCUCAGGCACUAUUCCUGUCAACUGACCGCAUGCUUAUUCUGUCGGUGGCCUCGGCGGAGUCCUGGCAGCCCAUCCUGGACGAGUCUCUCCUGGAGGACGCCGAGCAGGCGAUCGCCAAGAUCAAGUGGAAGCCCAGCCGCUGUGGCGGCCGCCCGUGGGCUUGGCCAUCCGACACUGCCAAUGCUCUCGGCGCUUCCCGGCGUCGACGCGGGCGGCCGCAGCGGCAGGGAGACAUGACAGAGUACAUCACUGAGGUCACCAUCGCUGGCGAGACCAGGGACAACGGGCAGGUGGUGCUGGGCUCCUUGAUGAACCAUGUCACCUCGGCCACGGGGCUGGCCAUCAGCUUAGCUGCGGCUGGGCAGGCCCCUCUACCGGGCCAGUGGAUCCACGUACCAGCCGCCGAUGCCGCGGCCCCUCGCGAGCGCGCGCGGCUCUACCUGCAGUCCGCAGAGGAGGUCCAGAAAGUCUACCGCGCACUCCAUGAACAAGUACUCCAGGUCGGUACCGACCACCUGAGCAUCACGGUGUCCAACGACGUGCGCUGGUGGGUACGCUGCUGGUUCGAAUUCGUGUUCUUCUUCUCCCAUGGCUUCGACUUCUCGGACCCUGCCGGUUGCAGGCGGCCACGCGGGGCGAGCCGGAGCCCCUACUUGGACGCCGUCUCGGUGGUGACAUGGAACUGCCAGGCCUUCUUUGCUGCCGACCCCCAGCGCCACCGCAAGAAAUCUCAGCACGUUUUCCGCCUCAUGCGCACGCGCGACGUCGGCCUCUGGACGGAGACGCACGGCACGCAGGGCAGCGGAGACGUCUGGCGCAAUCCCCCAGGCUGCACCUCAUGGUGGUCUCCCGGGCACGUUGCAGGUAGCGCAGGGGUUGGCAUAACGGUCAAGAACACGUUCCUGCAGCACUUCACCGACCAUCCGCGGUGGAAGAUCCUCCUUCGAGGGGCGACCACGGGCGGCCGCGACCGAUGCGACGAGGUCAGCUGGCAGCGUCAUCUUGCACAACCUCAUGGGCUACAUGAGCUCCAUCAGCCCGACAUGUCUUACGCCUCUCCUACCUCUCGCUCGCGCCUCGACCGGCUCUACACUAACCAGUGCGCGGUAGAGGGCCUCGAUAGGGCGAGGACUUGCGCUGCCCUCACAUGGUGUCCAGAGCUAUCCCGGCACCGGGCAAUCAGCUUUCGCCGCCAGGUUCCUCAACGCACGCCGGAUAUGCGUGCGCCCCUCCCGGACCAGGUGGUCGAACACCCUGAAUGGCCGCGGCUGGUGUGCUUGGCCUGGCAGGAUUUGUUGAAGGACGAGCCCGAGGCCUCCCCGAUGCGGCAGCAGCUCCUCCUGAAGGCCGCCAUGCGCCGCGCUGCCCGCAGCUUGGACUUUAACUCCGGUGCCGUCGCGGACUCUGGCACGCAUGAGGAUAGGCUCGGGGUGACCAUGAAAUUCUUCCGUUCGUCGGAGCGCGGCUCCGCCACGGGAGUGAGCCAGUGCACGCUCCAAUGCCCCGUUCUUAAGGACCUUGUCGACAAUCCCUACGACUUCACGUCCAAUCCGGGCCGGCGCCUGCGGCUGGUCCGACAGCAUGCCAUUGAUUUGGCCCGCUCCCAUGCCAUCGACGAGCUCAGCCAGCUGCGCAACGACCUGCACAACCUUACGCCAGACCAGGCUUCCCGACGUCGGCAGCGCAACCACCGCCUACUCACCCGUCUGGACCCCGGCCGUGGGUGCGCGAAUUACGCCGUCGGCGACAGCGCCGGCCACGUGAGCACCGACCCCUCCCACAUCGCCCAGGCACUCCGGCACCAUUGGUCGCGAGUUUUCAGCCGCAAGGGUACGGGCCAGACGCUGCGGCAGCGGUGGCUUGCGGACGAAACGGCGCACUUCCCCGCAGCGGACAGGCAGCACGUCCCGGGCGAGGUCGCGCCGUUCGAAUGCUUCCAACGCGCUAUCCGGCGCGCGAAGAACAGCUCUCCAGGCUCCGACGGCAUUCCAUUCCGGGCGUGGCGGUAUCUGGGAGAGUUUGCCGCCCGUGCUCUGUAUAAUGCUUUCCUGGACAUGGUGAGCACCGACGGUUUGAGCCGCCUAGAGACGGACUGGGACGACUUCAACGAGAGCUCCAUGGUGUUCUUACCAAAGAAACCUAGUGGCACCACCCCGGGCGGCAUGGACUUUUACGCGCCUUCCAGCGCGCGGUCCCUCAACAUCACCAACGCGGACAACAGGAUCAUCGCCAGCGCGGUGCGCCUGUGGAUCGAGCCGGCGGUCGCCCCGGGAAUCUCCGACUCCCAGCGUGGCUUCUUACAGGGCCGCCCCAUGUUGGCGAACCUCGUGGACAUCGACGAGACCAUGCUGCAUUUCUCCUUGGACUACGAUGACGCGGCGGCCAUCUUCUUCGACUUCGAGGCCGCCUUCCCCAGUGUCAGCCACUGGGAUGGCCGAGGGAGAUGUUGUAGUUGA